AUGGUCUCGAAUAACUUACAAGGAGUUAUCGUAUUUAACGAAACGCAACGCGUUAACGAAAAACGGGCAAAGUUAUUAAUUUGGUUCAUUAUAGGAAGUUUAAUCGUUAGCUAUAGUAUUUGGAAUGUUUGGCGAAUGAUGGAAGCAAUAAAGUCACCUGUCAUCAUCGGUUCAAGAAUUGCAAACCGAGCUGAAAUACCUGUACCUGGUGUCGUAAUUUGCGGACCACCAUUAGAUAAGCCAAUUGAAUGCUUUGAAAGCAAAGGUAAAGUCUGUCAUGACUACGUUGCAGUUGAAAACGUUACUCAAUUUGUUAAUAUGCGUGGCUUCAAUAAU